UGUUUUUUUUUAAAUAAGAAGAAGAAGAGGAAAAAAAUCAGCACAACUAAUGAAUGCAUUGAAAAAUCUGAAAGCAUGUGCAAUGUUUAAACACCUAUGAUCCUCCCAAUUCCAUGCAGGAGUGGAUUGGAUAUGAUUUCUCCCCUGAGGACUGCUUUAGCUGCAUCUCAGAAAUUUUGGCUAAAACUGAAUACUAGGAAAUGGCCACAGCUUCACCACGGUCUGAUACUAGUAAUAACCAGAAUAGAAGAUCACAGCUUCAGGUGACUGUUUCUAGUGCCAAACUGAAAAGAAAAAAGAACUGGUUUGGAACAGCUAUCUAUGCAGAAUUAUCUGUAGAUGGAGAAAUUAAGAAAACAGCAAAAUCCAGUAGUUCUUCUAAUCCAAAGUGGGAUGAACAGUUAACCGUGAAUGUGACACCUCAGGCCACACUGGAAUUUAGAGUGUGGAGUCAUCACACUUUAAAAGCAGAUGCAUUAUUAGGAAGAGCAACAGUAGACUUGAGAGAAGCUCUUGAAUUACACAAUAGAAAAUUGGAAAGAGUGAAAGAACAAUUAAAACUCUCCUUGGAAAACAAGAGUGGAAUAGUACAAACUGGUGAACUAACUGUUGUGCUUGAUGGAUUCAUAGCUGAGCAAGAAACACCAACAAAUUGCAGUUCAGCAGCAGCAGCAGCAGCCAUAGAAGUACAGCAGAAUGGUGAUGCCAUGUAUGAAAACAGAGAAACUUCAGCCAGGACUACAACCAGACCUGCCAUUGAAGUUGCUAAUGGAAUAGAUAGCCAUGCACCUACAAACCCAGUAGUACAAAAUUCAUUCUGCAUACAUGUACUUAAUGGAGACAGCACACCCUCUUCUCCUUCUCAUGUUGCGACUAGACCUAAAAAUACACCAGCUUCUAAACCACUUACUUCUCAGUCUGCCAAUAAUACUGUUAAUGGAGAAUCAUCAUCAUCUGCAGCAAUUGAUAAUGCACCUGCUUCUCGAACUGUAAUAGGAUCUGAAGAAACUCCCAUGUCUACUGAUUGCACUAAUACUACUACUACUACUACUACUACUACUACAGAUCCUAUAACUCAGGAAAUUCCUGAGUGCUCUGGAAAUAGUGCAUACUUUGCUUCAACGAGUGCAGAAAUGGUACAGGAAGCUUUUAAUAUUUCAGACACUGCCUCUAACGUAAAAAAUAGUUCUGUUGUUGAAGCAGCCAAACCAAGACAAUCUUCAAAUGUCCCUGAAGAACCUAUAAGGCAACAGCCUGGAAAUUCCAUUACAGAACCUUUGCCACCAGGGUGGGAACAGAGAAAAGAUCCUCAUGAUAGAACUUAUUAUGUUGAUCAUAAUACACGAACUACAACUUGGGAGAGACCACAGCCUUUACCACCAGGUUGGGAAAGAAGAGUUGAUGAUCGUGGAAGAGUUUAUUAUGUGGACCAUAACACCAGAACAACAACAUGGCAGCGACCUACUAUGGAAUCAGUCAGAAACUUUGAACAAUGGAAGUCUCAGCGUAACCAACUUCAAGGAGCUAUGCAACAAUUUAACCAACGAUACCUCUAUUCGGCUUCGAUGUUAUCUGCAGAAAAUGAUCCUCUUGGUCCUUUACCACCAGGCUGGGAAAAAAGAGUAGAUUCAAAUGACAGAGUUUACUUUGUGAAUCAUAAUACCAAAACAACACAGUGGGAAGACCCAAGAACUCAAGGUUUAUUGCCUGAAAGUCCCCUUCCAGAAGGCUGGGAAAUCAGAUAUACUAGAGAAGGUCUCAAGUAUUUUGUUGAUCAUAACACAAAGACAACGACAUUUAAAGAUCCUCGUACUGGGAAAUCCUCUGUAACUAAAGGCCCACAAAUUGCUUAUGAACGCAGCUUUAGAUGGAAACUUGCACAUUUCCGUUAUCUGUGCCAGUCUAAUGCACUACCCAGUCAUGUGAAAAUCAAUGUAUCCCGACAGACAUUGUUUGAAGACUCUUUCCAACAGAUCAUGGCUCUAAAACCCUAUGACUUAAGGAGGAGAUUGUAUGUAAUAUUCAGGGGAGAAGAAGGACUUGAUUAUGGUGGCCUGGCAAGAGAAUGGUUUUUUUUGCUCUCUCAUGAAGUGCUGAAUCCUAUGUAUUGUUUAUUUGAGUAUGCUGGGAAAAGCAAUUACUGCCUUCAGAUUAAUCCAGCAUCAACAAUCAAUCCAGAUCAUCUUUCAUACUUCUGUUUCAUUGGACGCUUUAUUGCUAUGGCACUGUUUCAUGGCAAGUUUAUUGAUACUGGUUUUUCUUUGCCAUUCUACAAGCGUAUGCUAAGUAAGAAGCUUACUAUUAAAGAUUUGGAAUCUAUUGAUACCGAAUUCUAUAACUCUCUCAUCUGGAUAAGAGACAACAACAUUGAAGAAUGUGGCCUGGAAAUGUAUUUUUCAGUUGAUAUGGAGAUUUUGGGAAAAGUGACUUCACAUGAUCUGAAGUUGGGAGGUUCUAAUAUCCUGGUGACUGAGGAGAACAAAGAAGAGUAUAUUGGUUUGAUGGCAGAAUGGCGUUUUUCUCGAGGAGUACAAGACCAGACCAAAGCUUUCCUUGAUGGUUUUAAUGAAGUUGUCCCACUUCAAUGGCUUCAGUACUUUGAUGAAAAAGAAUUAGAGGUGAUGCUGUGUGGCAUGCAAGAAGUUGAUUUAGCAGACUGGCAGAGAAAUACUGUGUAUCGACAUUACACAAGAAAUAGCAAGCAGAUCAUUUGGUUCUGGCAGUUUGUGAAAGAGACAGACAAUGAAGUUAGAAUGCGUCUAAUGCAGUUUGUCACUGGAACCUGCCGACUACCCUUAGGAGGAUUUGCUGAACUCAUGGGCAGUAAUGGUCCUCAGAAAUUUUGCAUUGAAAAAGUUGGCAAAGAAACCUGGUUACCACGAAGUCAUACAUGCUUUAAUCGUUUGGAUCUACCACCAUAUAAAAGCUACGAACAGCUAAAGGAGAAACUUCUUUUUGCAAUAGAAGAGACAGAGGGAUUUGGACAAGAAUAAGUGUGGCUUCUUGUCCUAGAGGAGCUCUUGCAUUAAAAUACUCAGCCAAGUAAAAUUGCACAGAUGUUGUAUAUAAGCUGUUCAGGCCAUACAGUGACCUUUCUGGAAUUCUAAAAAGUGUAAAUGUUCUACAUUCUUCCACAAAGAUAUGCAAAACAUUCAGCCUUUUUUACUGUUAUUUAUUGCCCCUUUGAGGUGACUGACCAGUAAAAAACAAACCACCCUUAAAUUUUGAAGCAGACAAUAGACUUUAUUUAAAAUAUAAAUGUACAUAUACAUAUAUACUAGUGGCUCUAGUUUUAUAGAGCUCUAAGUAUAUGAAACAUUGCAGCCAUUGAAAAAGACCUGGAUUUGCUUUACCUUGGCUAUAUUAUCCAGAAACAAAAAUGUGCAAACUGCUCCAUGUCCUACCUUAUGCAAUAUCUCCCAAGGUUGUUUUAAUUGCAUGGCUGUUCAGGAUGGUGUUAAAGACUUAGGCCAACACUUACCUAGAGUACAUAGAAAAAUGCUGCUGGCUUUUCUGAAGACAGAUGUCCAAUUCUGUCAACUUAUUUUUAAAAUAAGUAUAAUAGUUGAGGUUAACCCUUCUCUGCUACUUUAAUGAUGCAGCAAAAAUAAUGAAUGAAACCUUUACUUUCAUAAAAGUCCCAUACAAUAAAGUGAAUGCUAUACAACUGAUGCCACUUAGCAGUUUAUUAUAGGAACUGGACAGAACUCAUUGAGCAGCAUAAAGGUUUGUUUACAUAUUACCUUGGGAUUUUAGGUAAUUUUCAAUUUAAAAAAAGAAAUUCUGUUAUUCCUACAAGGUUUUUUGUUUUGUUUCAUCUUAAUCCUUGAUUAUACUUCAGGUUAGGUUCAUGGUAAAUUGAUUUAAUUUGUUACUUAGAAAUAUAUGAAAAGUAUUGUGAACUUUCAUUGUUUUGUUUUUUUUUUGUGUUCCAGUUUUUGGUUACAUAAAUCCAAAUCAAUUGACAGUUACAUAAACUUUUGAACACUUAAACUUAUAAAACUAAUGAUUUUCUAUUACUCUUUAAAUAUUUUCACCCCUCUUUAAGUUCAUGUAAAAUUCUUUCUACUUGAAUUAAAUAAGCAUAUAUUAAAAUAUUGUCAUUUUUUUAAUGUAGACAAAGUUAUUUUCUGUCCUAAGUGAACAACAUUUUAGAAUUGUUUUUACCAGUAUUGAGGGCAUUUGCUGAACUGCAAAGAUUGUGUAACAAAUUAUAAAUCUGAUGUGAAUUAUGUUAAGUGCUACCUGUAGCAAACUGUGCUUCCUUAUUAAUAUAAGAAAAUUAAAAUUACCAUUUGUAUCAUGCUUUCAGUAUGCACUGUAAAUUCCAUUAAAUUAACUUAUACAAAAUUUUAUAUACCCAUGAAACUGAUUUCUUAAAAUAUUAUAUCUGUAACAUAUUUCACUGCUAGGUGAGUACAGAAAAUACUGGCAUAUUACUUAUUUUCCCAAUACAAGUUUUUACUUUGCCAAAAUUUUAUUUUUCUACAUAUUAACUUAGAUUGUGUUCUGCCUUUUUAUUCGAAAUUCACAAUUUAUUCUGUACAGGUUAAAUAAAAGCAGUGAUCCUAUUGGC